GCUCCAGCAGUGCUAUACCAGCAAGCCCUAUACCCUGCAGCACAGCAUGAGAAAGCUGGAGGCAGAGGACGUUGCUGUUGAAAGAAGAAAGCAAGCCGUGGUGGAGCAAGUGAUGGUGGACCAGCUCUCCAGAGCAGUGAUAAGUGACCCGGAUCAGAACUCGGCCCAGACCGAACUGAGCUCACCUCCUGGAAUCGGAUCGGCGCCCCUGCGAUUCAGGAAAAGAACACUACAUGAGACCAAAGUGAAAACCACUUCAACACUAACUGAGAAUUUAUUGUCAAACAAGCUGCGCUUUGACGCCCGAAUUUUAUCAAGGAAUGGGCGUGAUGCUAGCAGGGAGUUGAUCGGCUUCUUCUUCGCUUACGAUAAAACCUUGACAGUAUAUGAAUAUCGGCACUUUGGCAAAAACAGGACAAAUGCACUUCCGUUCAUUCCAAAGGGGUGCUACAAGCAUGAACGUGGAAGACGACAAGGGGCACAGUACAGUAUCCAUGAUAUUUGUGUGGGGGCGAACUUGUCAUUUUCCACGCAUGGACAAAACUUUCCUGACAACAUGAAGAGGAGACCAUUGCUUUUGCUGCGAAUCACCGAUGUGGACGAGCUGGUGAAGAAUAUGCUGCUGACCUCAACUGGAGAAAUAAGACAGGGUCUAUCAAAAGAGGAACGUGACGAUAAAAACAUCUUCAAGGCUGUUCAAGGGGUCCUGAGGGAGCGUGUGAAGGGGAGGGGGGUGCACACCCUCACAGGCCUGGGGAAACUCCUCAGACAAGCGGACGUAUCGGGAGAUGGUGUCCUGGGGAAGAAGGAGAUCCGCAGUGUCCUGGAGGCAUUCCACCUGACGCUGUCUGACAAAGACUUUGACGCUGUGUGGCGAAUACUGGAUCAGCAUGGCGGUGGGAGAGUAGAUUAUGGGGAGUUCAUUCGAGCAGUGAUUGGAGAAAUGAAUGAGUUUCGAAAAUCUUUUGUCAGAAAGGCUUUCAUGAAGCUUGACCCUAACAAGUCUGGCACUGCGCCCAUGACGGAUAUUGAGAAAUUCUACUGCGCCAAGGGUCACCCCAAAGUAGUUUCAGGUGAGGCCUUGGAGGAGGAGCUGAGAGCUGGCUUCAUGGAGUCUCUGAGGGAGGGCUGCCUGCACCCACAGGAGGUGUCUUACUGUGAGUUUGAGGACUAUUAUGAGGGCCUCAGUAUCGGGAUUGUGGAUGAUCAGGAUUUCGCCAACAUCCUGAGAAACUCCUGGGGUAUAUAA